UUCCCGCGCGACAACAGCCACGAUGAGACACAAAGAGGCCGACGACGGGAGCAGCGCGCUCCGGACGAUCUUUCGGGUGGUCCUUAUGGCCGCCAUCAUGGCCGGCAUCUCCUCGGUCAACGCCGGCUGCGGCGGGGCCCGCGGCCCCUGCCCCAAUCGCGCGUCGCCCAUCGGUGGCAGUCACUCGGUUUACUGGUCCAGUAGCAGAAGUGGUGGAGGAGGCGGAUAUAACGUCGCGAGCAGGAGCAAUGGCGGAGGCGGCUUCGGUGGAAGUAGUUUCGGCGGCUUCGGUGGAAGUGGUUUCGGCGCGAGUGGCUUCGGUGGAGGCGGCCUCGGUGGCAGCAUGUUCGACGUCGGUGGGUUCGGAGCUAUGCCUGGUUUUGCACCGCCGAUCGGAGGUAUGCCUGGGUUUGCUUCUGGGUUUGCUUCUGGGUUUACGAGAGGAGGCGGCGGUGGAGGUGGUGGAGGAAGAAGCAGUAUCUCCAUCAAGAAUGGAGGAGGAGGAGGUGCCUCUGUGCGAGUGACUCGGGAUGGAGGUGUGCAUUUGUCUAUCGGCAAUAUCGGUGGUGGAGGGUCGGCCGGUGGAGGUCAUGGAUUCUCCAAGUUCGAUAGCGGCUCGGAUGGUGUCUCAUUUUCGCCGAGUUCAGGGAAAAGUAUACGUAUCAUGGACGAUGCUCGGUCGGAUUUUAGCGGUGAGUGGGGUCAUGAUGGACACGCUACCCGGGCAUCACGCGACGAUCGAGGCUACAAAACGUUCAAAGAUGUCUUCAUGCAGAAAUUCCGCAACGAUGGACACAAGCACGGUUCAGGGUGCACUUCUGGAUGCAACAGGAGUUACAAAUACGAUUAUGAUUACGAUUCGUACGAUUCUGGCGAGGACUCCGGAAAUAAUCCAGUUCAUGAAGUAUCAAGAGAAGAAAAGUCAAGAAUAUUUGACCUGAGGGGUGGGCAGCAUGAUUUUCACACCAGCAAAGAAUUCAAUAACGAUUUUGAGGAUUAUGAUGACAUGGACUAUGGAUGGGAUAGUUCCGAUGGACACUCAGGAGCACAUUCGGGAUCACGUUCCUCCUUUCAUGAGGACGAGGGAAUAAACCACGACCAGUUUGACAACUCACUUGCCUCUGAUUUCCGAUCCAUAUUAUCGCAAAGCAUACCCAUCGGGGGGCAAGUAACGUACGACACCUCCAACAACAAUGGAUACAUGCUUUCAAAUGACGUGAUUGGCGCUGUGCAGGAUUUGAUGGAUGACCACUCGGGACUUCAAAUGACGUUCGCUUGCCAGCCGAAAAUCGGCAAAUAUUUGUGCAAAAUUCAAUGUGUGAAGCAAGACGAGGCGAUGACCGGAAGUUGCGAAACCGGAUACUGCAGCUGCAUGCUCAAAGAAGAGCAUAAACUGCGGAAGAAGAUGAACAAACGUUUUUUGGCUGCAAUGAAAGGUUUCGACACGGAUUGCGGUGAUCGGAAGAAAGCGAAACAAUGCAAGCGCUUUUGCAAGGCUCUAACGCCUGACAAGUCCUUCACCGGCCUUUGCGCGAACAACUUCUGCAAAUGCGUCAAGUACCCAACGACCCCGGAGAAAAAGAAGAACGCCUGCGAGAAAGCCAUCAAAAACCUGAAGAAGAUCGAGGAUCAAGCCUUGCGACAGUUGGGAGUCCAGCCGGAGCCUCUCAGCGGCGCCGCGGAGAAAAAUGCCAGCCUGGCCGCCGACGAAGCCAUUCAAAAGUUAAAGGCCAACAACUCGAUAGACGACUGCACAGAGGAGGACAUCCAGAAUUUGAGGGGUGUCAUAGCGAGCCUGGCUCAAGGCCUCAACUUAGCCCGAUCUCACAGUCGAACAUCAGGCUCAUCUCACGGCGAAAAAAAUGAGUCUGAAUCCACGAUAUACACAGCCUCAGCCUCUCCAUCGUCACCCAGAUCAUCAUCAAAGCUUGAGGAGAGCCACUUUUCAAGAACCCGCCGAGGUGGUCUUGACUCUCCGAGGCCUCCAUCCUCCAAAUCAGGCUCGUCCAUCCACGAGGAGAUUCAGGUAUCAAGAACAAACCGACCCGCAUCACACGAAUCGGGUUCAUCAUUCCACGAAGAGAGUCGGGCAUCAGGAACAAGCGGAGGUGGACAAGAGAUUUUUCGACUCACGUCGCCCAAAUCAGGUUCGGCACUCUUCGAAGAAAGUUACACAUCAAGAACAAACCGAGAUGGUAACGAAUCUCCACGACCUCCGAAAACGCCAAGAUCAGGUUCGAAGUUAAUCGAAGAAAUUCACGUGUCAAGAACCGAACCUCCACGAUCCGUAUCUCCAAAAUCAGGUUCGUCAUUCUUCGAGGGGAGAACCGUAUCAAGAACUAACCAAGACGGCAACGAAUCUCCACGACCUGCAGCCUCAAGAUCGCUCAAAUCAGGCUCGUCAUUCUACGAGGAGAGCCACGUAACGAGAACGAUCAGAAAUGGAAACGAGUCUCCACGAACUCGAUCCGUGCGUAUCGUCACCACGACACCACCAAGAUCAGGUUCCUCGCACUUCGAGGAGAGCCACUCGACUGAAUCUCCAGGACUUCGAUCCGUCUCCUCAACGCCUGGGUCAGGUUUCGAGGAGAGUCGGGUUUCAAGAAAGCACAGAAAUGGAGUCGAAUCCUCCGGUCGAUCGGCCCAGGCUCUGCCUUUGACGUCAUCCAAGUCGGGUUCCUCGUAUUACGUGGAGAGUAGAUCAUCCGGAACGCUUGGUGGAGGUCUCGCAACCCCUACCUAUCCCUCAGUGGUUACAACCGUUUCGUCAGGCACGGCUUCUAGAGGUGGGAGUUCGCCGUGCAAGUCAAAAUGCGGGAAGCCUUUGGCUUAAAUAAUGGAUUUUGGGAAAAUUUCAGUCGGCUUGCAAGAUUUUUUGGAUAAUAUUUAUUACCUUGUUUUAGUUUUUACCUGUCUUUGGUCUAUGAGAUUUUUGUUCCUGCGUAGUUUAGUAGCGCAUACGAGAAGACCCCAUCCUGUUUCAUAUCAACCUGUUAUCUCCUUAUCAUCUGAUUUGCCUCUGAUACUUUUUCUGUCUUCAUCUCCUACCUUGGGACUAAGAAAGUACCGUGACGGAAAAUUGUCGUGACUUUGGAACACUUACACAGCACAGACACACAAACAAACACUUGGACAACAAAAAAUCAUUCACUGCUAACAAAGCAAUUCAUCUUUCUUUCUAUAUUUUCUCUCUCAUCUUUGCGCCUCUCUGUUUAUCAGGGAGUGUCUAUUCAUAAAUAUUUUCCAGGCAAUUCACCGGUUAUCAUACUUCCAUUCACUUGUUUCGGUACUAGUAACCAUAUUAUUGAUGCAAACUUGCAUUUUCAUCGUUAAUUUAAUUCAACAAAUAUCUUCAUUCUGCUUCUCGCUCAACUUCAGUGACUUGUUAUCUCUCAGGUUCUUCUUUCUCGUAAUUUUCAAGGAUCUUAUUUUUUAAAUAAUUUAUUUAUUUUAUAGAUUUUAAAGUUUUAACCGCCUGAAUUAAGGAUGAAUUAAACUACAAAUAAUUCUUCUUGAUUUUUUCCGUCCCAGAUCCUCAACCAUAGCUGAGAAUUUUCUGAACUCUGAUCUUUGUAUUAUAAAAACCCGCUCGAAUAUAGCUUUUAACAUUUUUAGGAAGCUAAUUUGAAUACAUACCAAAAUUCAUUCAUUGACCAAUUUCUUCCCCGCUUUCAAGUAAUGCAUCCUAUUCGAGCAGUUUCUGUGAAAUGCACGGUUAUAGCUCGUGUAUUUAUCUAUAAAUUUUAAUGUAAUUAAUUUUCUACGCAUUAGAUUUAGGUAUUCUAACUGUUCCGGCUUUCUGUGAUCAUGUAAUUUAUGUUUUUCAUAUUAAGUAA